GCUCUAGACUUCAUACCACCCACUGGCUCCCAGGGUGACUGACUCCAAGGGCUCCCCCAUAGGCUGUAGCCAUGAUCUCCAUCUCGGAAUGGCAGAAGUUUGGCCUGGGGAUCGUGGGCUUUGGCAUUUUCUUCAUCCUCCUUGGGAUCCUCUUAUACUUUGACCCAGUGCUCCUGGCCUUUGGAAAUAUACUGUUCCUAUGUGGCCUCACCAUCAUCAUUGGCUUGAAAAAGACUUUUUGGUUCUUCUUCCAACGACAAAAACUGAAGGGCUCAACCUUCUUCCUGGGAGGUGUAAUAAUUGUCAUCUUGCGCUGGCCCAUUUUGGGGAUGACCCUGGAGUUCUAUGGCUCUUUUGCCCUCUUCAGGGGGUUUUUCCCAGUUAUUUCUGGAUUCCUAGGCUCCUGCAUUCCAUUUCUCAGUUCGCUGUUCCAGAGGCAACAGGGCACCAGAUCUAUGGUCUGAUGAGCAGAGAUGGACUCCUUGAACUUGGACUGUGGUAUCUGGGGAAGACUGGACACCAUUCCCACAUGCUUUUCUUGACAACUCCAGUCCUUCCUUUGAGCUGGUCUGGAGGGACAGAACUGAGUGAUCGACUAGAAUUUCCAAUGAGCUCAACGGGAACUCUGGCAAUGUCUGAGGCCCAUGGAUACCCUAAGAAAAAGGAGUGGCCCAAAGCCCGAACCCAUGGAAAUCAUCCUGGGAUGGCUUUACAUUCUUGCUUUGCAUUUAUGGACAACAAAAAGAAAGAGUUUUAAAGUGAAUUUCCAGACUGAGAAGCUGCCUGUCUAGAUCUUAGUGUUAAUGUCUUCAUAGCCCAUGGGAGAUCUUCCUGUCUACCCCCUUGCCUCUAGGGGAGGUGGGCACACAUGCCUUCUCAAAACAGAUGAAUGAAUGACAGUCUUAGUCCUGGAGAGCCACGGCUUUUAUCCUUGUGUUUGACAACUCUUAUAGUUGGCAUUUUCCUUUCCCUCUAUAACUCUCAAUCCUUUUUAAUAGAAUGAAGCACUUUUUCAUCAUUCACUCCUAACACUGAGCAACCCCUGUGUGUGUGUGUGUGUGUGUGUGUGUGUGUGUGUGUGUGUGUGUGUGUGUGUGUGUGUAAGAGGAGGAAGAUCCAGUGAAAGGAGAAGACUGUCCCAUCUUCUUAUGGGAGAGAUACUGGAUCUAUCUUCAGAGAACCUCUGGUAGGAUGGGGGAAGAUAGGAGCUCUGCCAUGAAGGAGCUCUCCCAGGCUAGGAUAGUAAGCCAGACUUCCCUAACCUUUCCACCAAAAACAGACAAAACAUUCAAAACCAAAACUGUGAAUGUGAAUUCUUUUAACAGCAUUGUUUUUUUCUAUGGAGAGAAAAUAAUACUCAGAUAAUGCUAAGAAACUAUGAUCACUUCAUGUCCAAGAACUAUGAGUGUGGGAUGAUAAUUCCAAAGAAGACCUUUUGGAAUAAUGGGCAUGAUUCUAGACUCAAAGUCAGGAAGAUCUGGGUUCAAAUUCUAACCCAGAUACUUACCAGCUGUGUGUCCUUGUCUAAGGUCACACAUCAUCUGUCACAGAGUUAGAAAUGCUUGAACCCAGGGCUUCUGACUCCAGGAGUAUUUUCCAGCACAUCUCCAUGUUUGUGGGAAGGCAGGAAGUAUCUAAGUUUCUUAGCUGUGUGAUCCUGGACAAGUCACUUAAUCCUAAUUGCCUAGCUUUUAUUGCUCUUCUGCCUUAGAAUCAACAUUAAUACUAAUACAUAAAUUAAUGUUUUUUUUUAAGUAUCUAAGGGAGUUGUUUCCUGUAGAUAAUAGGUUAUGAUCAUUUUUCUCUCCAGAAUUGUUCUGUGGGAUAUAUGGGGGCGGGGGGUGUGUGUGUGGCUUUUCAAGAUGACCCAUCAUGAUUCCUUCUGAUUCUACUUUUACAGCCUUCACCAGUUUCAGGCACAUCUCAUCAUGGCAACUGCCCCUCACAAUGGUGGAAACAUUAAACAGGGUCAUGUCUCAGGGAAAGAAACUAUCUGGAAAUUGCCAGUUUGAAUCUGGGCCCCUUAGGAGCAAGAUAUUCAACUGAGUUCUGGAAUCCUUCUCCAUAUUCCCCAGUUCUUCCUACUGCCCUAACAUUGUCCUCUAGGAUUUCUCUUUUCUCCCUUUUUUAUCCUGGGUGGCAGUUAUAACUUGUAGUCCUGGUGUGUUCCUCCCAAGGGGAGGCUAUGCAGAGGAGUCUUCCUCUGAGUGGAGAUGUUGGGGCCAAAUGUAGUCCUUGAGUGCUCUCCUUUGUGUAAUCUCCCACUUCCAGGGUGGGUAUUAAGGGAUCAUGGAGGUCAUCUACUUCAAACACUUCAUUUUACAGAUGUCCAAAGACAUUAGAAGACUUGUUCAAGGUCAUGUAGAUAGUAAGUGGCAAAGUCAGGAUUUGAACCUGAGUCCUCUGAUUCCAAAUUUAAUGUCUUUUGUAUUGUAUAUUGCAAAAUUACACCCACUGGGCCUUUAUCAAUCAGAACUUACAGAUAGGCAAUUGCCAAAAAGCAAUUGUAUUGGAGAGCUCUGCUAUUUGCUAGCUGUGCGACUGGAUAAAUCAUUUAUCCUCUCUGGAACUUAGUUUCCUUAUCUGUGAAAUGAGUGAGUAGAAAUAGGUAAAUGGUCAAAGGACACAAACCAUUUUCAAAAGAAAAAUGGUAAACUAUUGACCAUGUGAAAAAUGACUAAAUCACUAAGAGAAAUGCAACUUAUAACACCUCGGUGGUUUCUUUUCAUGCCCCUUAAAAUUGUUGUUUAAUUGUUUCAGUCAUGUCUGACUCUUCAGAACCUCAUUAGGGAUUUUGUUGACCAAGAUAAUAUAGUGGUUUGGCAUUUCCUUUUCCAUCUCAUUUUACAGAUGAGUAAACUGAGGCAAACAGAGUUGGUGAAGACACUUGCCCAGGGUCACCCAUCUUGUGUCUGAGUUCAGCAAUGAACAUUACCCUUAAAAUUAGUAAAGAUGAAAAAAGGUAAAAACAGUCAAUGCCUUCUAGUAGAUUUCCCUGCCUCUAGCAUCAAUCCAUGCCAAUCCAUCUUCAACUCAGCUGCCAAGAAACUUUUCCUAAAACACAAGUCUGACUAUGUCACCCCCCCCUCUAUUGGGCAAAUUCCAGUGGCUCCCUCUUUCUUUCAGGGGCAAACAUAAAAUUCUCUUGUUUGUAUUUAAAGCCCUUUACAGCCUGGUCUCUCCUCCUUUUCCAGUCUCCCUUCACUUACCUGCCCUCCCCACACUCUACAAUCCCAAUACACAGUUUUCCUUGCCCUUCUUCACAUAUGACACUCAGAUUCUGCCUUUGUACUGGCUGUCCCUUUCCCUGGAGUAUUCCCUAUUCUUACCUCUGUUUCCUGGCUUCCCUUGGGUUCUUUUAAGACUCAACUCAAAUCAGGAGAUCUGGGUGGCUCAGUGGAUAGAGUGUCAGGCCUGGAUUUGAGAGAACCUGGGUUCAAAUCUGGCCUCAGACACUGCCAAGCUGUGUGACCCUGGGCAAGUCACUUAAUCCCCAUUGUCCAGCCCUUACUACUCUUUUGUCUUGAAAUUAAUACUUUGUGUCAAUUCUAAGAUGGAAAGCAAGGUUUUUUCUUUUUUUUAAUGACCCAAUAGGACAGGGGGCACUAUGGACAAAAAUGGGCUCUCUCACCUCCUGGGUCUGAUAGUUGACAUAAGGACUUGACCUGUGAUCUCCCCGAAAUAGGGGCCUUCCCAACAAGGAUACUCCCUAUCAAAGAUCAUCAGUACCUGCUCUACAGUGUUCCAUGUUAGAGAUCUUCUUGGAGUCCUGACAGUGACUUACUCAGAUCACACAGCUCAUAUGGCUUAGUCUUGGGCACUGAAUCAAUCCAGGUAUUCCUGACUUGGAGCUCUCUAUCCAUGAGGCCAUGUUGCCACUAUGCUAGUGUUAAAGAAGAAAGAACAGUCCCCAAUUCACGGGGGUCCUGAUCUCUGAUCUGCUUAAAUAGAGGUCAAAUAUGGUAAGUAGAGAAGGAGGGAAACAAUUAUUAAGUGCCCACUUUGUGCCUUGUGGGCAUUGUGCAAUGUGUGGGCAUUGUACUAAGCACUUUAUUUUUUAAUUUUUUAAACCAUUACCUUCUGUCAGUAUCAGUUCUAAGACAGAAGAGUGGCAAGAACUAGGUAAUGGGGGUUAAAUGACUUGUUUAGGAUCACCAGUUACGAAGUGCCUGAGGCCAGAUUUGAACCCAGGUUCUCUUGACUCCCAAGUCUGAAACUCUAGCUUCCAUGCUACAUAGCUGUCCUCUAAGCCCUGAAUAAAUAUUCUCUCUCUUGAUCCUUACAACAACCCUGGGAGGUAGAUGCUAUUCUUAUCUUCAUUUUAUAGUUCAGAAAAAUGUAGAAAACACAAGUUAAGUGGUUUACCCAGGAUCACAUAGCUGCUAAGUUUUGUGUGUUUUAAAAUGGCUCUGAACCCUGGGAGACUGCAUCUCCCAGGACUCUCCACCCCAAUUUCCUCAGACAUCUCUCACUUCCUUUGGAGGAGGUGUAUGAGAAGAUAUAAAAGAAGAGAGAAACAGUGGUUUGGAGCCUUUUCUGCAGAAGCCCUUUUCUGGAGAAGAGCCUUUUUGCCCAGAGACCCUUUUACCCCUGGGCUGAAGAUCAAACUUUCUCUAGCUCCCAAACCUUUACUUUCCUAACCUAAAUAAACCUACUUAAUUACC